AAUCAUACAUAUAGCAAACAUAAAUAAAUUCGAAUAAUUGCACAAAAUUAUAAGUGAACGUUUCGCGGCGUCGGCAUAUACACGCGGCCCAGUAGGAGGGUCCCAUCGUUCGGGGCGCUCGCGCAAAGUGUCUGUGAAUCGCUACAUAAAGAAUUUUUCCAUUCGCAAGAAACACCGAACUACUGUGAGAAUCGCACAAAUGAAGCAGUGAGGAGUAGAGUAACAGACAAGACAGCUACAAGACAACAAGGAGAACACUGGCAAAAUGCUCGAAUCGCCCAAAUUUAUUGAGAAUGAUUUAUACAAUGGGAGCCAUGCCUUUACCUGGCUGGCUGACAUGGUGGGGCUCUCUGUUGAUUUGGUAAACUUUUUACUAUGCCAAAUAUCAGCGCUCUUCCUGGCCUCCCUCUUCCGCUCGAUGCUGCACCCCUCGAAGGUGUCGAGCAAGUUGCGCCACACAUUCGCACUGUCGAUAGGUCUGGCCUUUGGCUACUUUUGCUUUGGCCAGCAGGCGAUACACAUUGCCGGUCUUCCGGCAAUAUGCUACAUAGUCAUACGCACCCAAGAUCCGCGCAUUGUGCAGAGAGCGGUCUUGCUGGUGGCCAUGAGCUAUUUGCUGUGCGUGCACCUGAUGCGACAACUCUACGACUAUGGAUCCUAUGCUCUGGACAUUACCGGGCCACUGAUGAUCAUCACACAGAAGGUUACGAGCCUGGCCUUCAGCAUACACGACGGUUUUGUGCGGGAGGAGGAGGACCUGACAAAGGCUCAGCAGUAUCAUGCCAUUCGCAAAAUGCCAUCAGCAUUGGAGUACUUCUCGUAUGUGUGGCAUUUCCAAAGCAUCCUGGCCGGCCCACUGGUAUUUUACAAGGACUACAUUGAGUUUGUAGAGGGCUACAAUCUGCUGAAGCGUCCUUCCACCAAUGGCUCUCUGGACAAUGGCAAAAGGGAACUGGUGCUGGAGCCAUCGCCAACGAAAACGGUGAUACGCAAGGUGAUUGGCAGCCUCGUGUGCGCCUUCAUAUUCAUGAAGUUCGUGAAGCUCUAUCCAGUGAAGAACAUGAAGGAGGAUGACUUCCUGGAGAACACCAGCAUGGCCUAUAAAUACUGGUAUGCCAUGAUGGCAACCACCUGCAUACGCUUCAAGUAUUAUCACGCAUGGCUGCUGGCCGAUGCGAUAUGCAAUAACGCUGGUCUAGGCUUUGCCGGCUACGACAAGGACGGCAAUGCCAAAUGGGAUCUAAUAUCCAACAUCAAUGUCCUGUCGUUCGAGUUUUCGUCGAACAUGCGCGAUGCUAUCAACAACUGGAACUGCGGCACCAAUCGCUGGCUCCGCACGCUCGUCUACGAGCGUGUACCGAAGCGGUAUGGCACACUGCUCACCUUUGCAUUGAGCGCCGUGUGGCAUGGCUUCUAUCCGGGCUACUAUCUGACCUUUGCCACCGGAGCCGUGACGGUUACCGCCGCGCGAAUGGGACGCAGACUCUUCCGUCAUCGCUUCCAGAGCACACAGCUCACGCGAAUGUUCUACGACAUUCUCACCUGCCUAAUCACACGCAUUGUGAUGGGCUAUGCCACAUUCCCAUUCGUUCUGCUUGAAUUUAUGGGCAGCAUCAAAUUGUACCUGAGAUUUUAUUUGUGCCUUCACAUCAUUUCACUAGUGACCAUAUUUAUUUUACCACAAUAUAUACGCGGCGAGAGGAGAGACAGCUCGCCCAAGAAUAGCGACAGCGUAGCUGCCAGCGGCAGUGUCAGGGACUCAUCACCGACCCGGGUGCCCCAGGCCGCCAGGGCGGCCCUGGCCGGCGGCAAUGAUCUCAACGAGGAUGAGGACGAGGAUAAGCAUGCUAAAUGUAAAGACAACACACCACAGGUGCUUUUGACAGAGCAACAGCAACAGCAUAUAGAGCAACAGAACAAUGUAAUACUCCAAUCACAGACCUCACAUCACCCACAGCAGCAACAGAAGCAGCAGCAGCAGCAACCGAAGAGUCCAAAGCCGCCGACCAACGCCCGCGACGCGAUUAGCGUGCCACACGACCAGUGCGAGAUGGACCAGUUGUCCAGCAAAUUGAAGGAAAAGUUCGAGGCCGAGACCAAAAACAUUGAGGAAUUUAUUGAUAAGACUGUAACGGAUACCGUCAGCGGCAUUGUGGAGUUCAAGAACGAUUUGAUGCGCGACAUCGAGUUUCCCAAAUUGAAAUUGCCGGGCGGCAGCGCCAUUUCCACGCCACUGGAUGCGGCUGCAACUUCAGUGGGACUCCGCAAGCGCAACAUAUCCUCUGUGCACGAGAAUGGACAGUGCACCGAUGCUUCAGGUGGCGAUACCGCCGAACAUGCCGCGGAGGAGAACAGCGCCGCCUUUCUCAAGAAAGAGAUUGAAGUGAUCAAUGCGGUGGUGCAGCAGGCCAACGUCCUCCCAGCGGUGCUCAGUAAUGGUCAUGCCAAAUAGUAUCAGCGACCGCUAGAAAUUGUGGAGAAACUGAUAACCAGCACCAAUAACAACGAUGACUAUGACGAACGAAAGGAGUGCCACGGCAGGGAAGGGAAACAGAGUAGGGCCAUGGAUAGACCUGAUUGAUUUAUCAAAUACGCACACAACACACACAAACACACUCAAAUGUAGACGGAGAUGCAGACACAGACACAGAUCCAGAUACACAAUGAACACAUUUUUUGGUUUCAGUGCAAGGAAGUGUUUUUUGAGUUUAGAUCUUUGAUCGAAUUGAAUACAAAUUGUUUGAAUUGAGGUAACUUUUUAAAGUGGAUUAGCCAGAUAAUAAAUAUGUGGGUAAACAUAACGUUUACCAUGUAUGUACAUUCGAUCUGGCAAGAAACCUAACCUACUGAGAAUAUUUAUUGUAUCUAAGUGUGUUCCAAAAGUCUAAUUGUUGUUAAACAAUUUACUCUUAUAUCUGAUUGUUAAAAGUCCCGCCACAGAGCGGCCUACAGUGCGUUUCAAAACGAUGACACAGUUGUACACAUAUCCCGCAUCUUCUUCAAUAUACGAUUCAACUUCAUAAACUAUUCGACAACUGACUGAAAUCGACCAGAAGCAUUGAUCCUAUACACUUCCAAACUGUCUGCCAUAGCUUUGGGACGCACUGUACGACUGGGUCGUUUAAUUAAGAACUAUUCCACUAUACAGUGCACUAUACGCUAUACACUAUGCACCACACAGUGCAGAAAUCAGAUAUACUAAAGCAUAUGUUUGCGUGUUUUCCAUAUAGUCUAUGUACCAGCCAGUAAAUCAAUUUAUAAAAUCAUUAUUAUUGUAGUGCAAAUCCCGCCCGAAGUACUAAACAAAACGAGACGUGUAACAAGUAGAACCAAUGAAAUCCUCUUAAAGCUAAAAUACAAGAAAAAGUCAACCAAAACUUAACUUUAGACUGAAGCUAUAUUGAAAAAAAGUACUAAGCCAAGGCGACAUAACCAGAACAAACACAAAUCGUGCGUAGUGCGAAGUUAGUAAGUAAGACAGAAUGUUGUUUUUUACACUCAAUUUGAUUAAUUUUUUACGAGUGUGGGAAUUUUUGUGUGUGUGUGAAAGGGAUAUAUCCAGCACAUCUGUAAUCAUAUGUACUCGUAUAAUCCUCCUUGCCAGGCCCGGCCAUGCCACCCGGUUUUCCUCAGAGUUCUGCUCAUGUCCAGUCCUCCACUUGUGUAUGACUUCCUACUCUGUAGCUCUUAAGCACACACCUUUUAUAACCUAUUAUCUUGUUUUACCCAUUGCAUAUUUUUGUUAACUCAAUAAACGAUUUCGCCCCACAAAUCCUCACAUAUACAUA